AUGCACCAGAGUAGUGCGCAUUUGUUGAGUUCCACAUUUUAUUCAAGGAUUAGUUCUCUGUUAAGAUGUAACGAAGGGUUAACACUGGUUAUUCAGAACAGUUUGUGCCAUCAGAAGCUGCAUUAUUGUACAGGACUGGGAGCCACUUCGAGCAGCAUUCUUAAACAGUCUGAAAAUAGUUUGCACCCUCGGAGUAAUAUCUACAAUACCACGAGAAGAAUGGCUUUUAUGAAGACUCCAUGCAACAUUGGUGACCCGGUGUCAGAAGUGGAGACUCCUUCCCUCCUGGUUUGCCUGAAAAGUCUAGAAUACAACCUGAAGAAGAUGACAGAAACAAUGAAAGCAUUUCCGGGUGUGAACUUUAGGACACAUGCUAAGACUCACAAGUGCCCAAUGAUAAGCAGACUGCAGAUCAAAUCUGGGGCUGUUGGUGUGUGUUGUCAGACAUUGACAGAAGCAGAGGCAAUGGUUGAAGGGGGCAUUGAAGAUAUUCUGUUGUCUAAUCAGGUAAUUGGCAUAAAAAAACUGAGGAGGCUAGCUGGCCUGGCUCGCUAUGCUAAGAUAGCAGCUUGUGUAGAUAGUGAGGGAAAUAUAGAAGACCUGAGUCAAGCUGCCAGGGAACUUGGUGUGACUGUAGACGUCCUCGUUGAGGUCAAUGUUGGUGGCAACAGGUGUGGCGUAGAACCUGGUGACAGUGUUUUGAAACUGGCUGAAAAGAUCAAAUCUCUUCCAAAUAUCAACUUUAAGGGUUUACAGUGUUACAAUGGCAAGAUCCAGCACAUACGAAGUGCAGCUGAUAGAAAGGCAGCUGUUGGUGUGGUAAUUGAAAAGACAGUGAAGUCAAUCAAGGCUUUAAAAGACAGGGGCAUUGAUUGUAGUUAUAUUACUGGGGGUGGAACAGGCACAUUUCAAUAUGAAGCCAGCAGUGGAGUUUUUACCGAAGUCCAGCCAGGUUCGUAUGUUUUCAUGGAUGUUGAUUAUGGCAAGAACCUCGAUGUGAAAGAACAGUUUGUCUCAGACUUCCAGCAGUCACUGUAUGUGCUGAGUACAGUCCAGAGUGUAGCGGCUGGAGAUCGAGCUAUUCUUGAUGCAGGUCUCAAGGCACAUAGUCUGGACUCAGGUGUUCCAAAGCUGAGUGGCCAUCCUGAUUUGACAUACUACAAUGGAGGGGAUGAACAUGGAGUCGUUAUACCAGACGGUGGUCUAAAGGUGGGAGAUCUAGUGUGGUUGAUCCCAGGUCACUGUGACCCGACUGUGAACAUGCAUGAGUGGGUUGUGGGACUUCGGGAUGGGAAAGUGGAAUGUAUCUGGCCAGUUAGUGGUCGGGGACCAGGAAAGUAG